AUGGCGAAACGCAAGAGAUCUUCCGCAGCUGGAGCUGAUGCAGAAGUUCUGACACCCAAGACUCUUCCCACCAAUGUCGCCUCAAUGGCCUCCAGCAUGAUGCCUGCAGCGCUUGCACCUUCUCAGGCGGCGGGGCGAAGAAUCAGCACAAGGAGAGCGUCUCAGAUUCCUCCUGCGAACAUCGACACCAAUCCGAAUACGAAUGAGAAAAUUGAAGAUGGGCCAGACGCCUUACGGGCCUCUCCAGAUGCGGAGCAAACCGGGCCCGAAAGUCGGGCAAGCAAGAAAAGAAGGACUGCUGCGUCCGCGCUUAAGGUCAAGGUUGAACCAGAGGGGUCUCAACCCGACGCAAGGGUCGCCACACCACCAAAGCCAAAGUUGGCAGCUAAGGCAGCUGCUACAAAGCAAGACGACGGCUUAGACAGAGGCGACCCUGAAGCGGAAGACGAGGAAGACGCCAAUCCGGAAGAACUCCAAGAAGCUUUGUCCCGGCCGCCCCCUGUGAACAGUUCAUACCUCCCAUUGCCUUGGAAAGGGCGGUUAGGGUACGCCUGUCUCAACACUUAUCUACGGUAUUCGAAUCCUCCAGUCUUCUCUUCACGAACGUGCCGCAUCGCCUCGAUUUUGGAACAUCGUCACCCGCUAAAAGACCCGAGUCAGCCUGAACAUGCGACGAAGAACAGGCCGGACAAAGAGCAGCCCGCAGAUAUUGCUCGGGGACAGGCGUAUGUUGAAGCGCUAGGGCUGGCUAACGCUCGAGAUAUUGUGAAGAUGUUGCGUUGGAACGACAGGUACGGGAUCAAAUUCAUGCGGCUGUCAUCCGAGAUGUUUCCCUUCGCCAGUCACGAUGUGUACGGCUACACAUUGGCCCCGUUCGCCUCCGAGACCCUGGCUGAAGCUGGGCGCGUGGCCGCGGAACUUGGUCACCGACUCACCACACAUCCAGGCCAGUUCACGCAGCUUGGGUCUCCCAGGCAGGAAGUCAUCAGGGCCUCUAUCCGAGACCUCGAAUAUCACUGCGAGUUGCUUGAUUUGCUGAAGCUGCCCGAGCAACAGAACCGCGACGCCGUGAUGAUCUUACACAUGGGCGGGGUGUUUGGAGACAAGGAUGCCACCAUUGCACGGUUCAAGGAGAAUUAUGCCAAGUUGCCGCAAGGCAUCAAAGACCGACUGGUGCUGGAAAAUGACGAUGUCUGUUACAGCGUGCACGACUUGCUUCCUGUGUGCGAAGAAUUGAAUAUUCCGCUCGUGCUGGAUUUCCAUCACCAUAACAUUGUGUUUGACUCGGAUAAGAUCCAUGAAGGUACUCGGGACAUUAUGGACCUCUAUGACCGAAUCAAGGCCACAUGGACCAGAAAAGGAAUUACUCAAAAGAUGCAUUACUCGGAGCCAGUUCCUUCGGCGAUCACGGCGCGGCAGCGACGCAAACACAACCCUCGAGUUGCCACGCUCCCACCGUGCGCCCCGGACAUGGAUCUGAUGAUUGAGGCCAAGGACAAAGAGCAAGCGGUGUUUGAACUCAUGCGAACAUUCAAGUUGCCCGGGUUCGACACGUUCAACGACAUGGUUCCACAUGUGCGUCAUGAUGAAAACAGACCUUGGAAAGCACCCAAGCAGCCCAAGAAGCCAAGCAAAAAGAAAUCCAAAUCCCACGACGAAGAGCUUCUUGAGGAUGAGGAAGAUGACGAGACUGUGGUGCAGGAGGCCAAGCCGCCUCCCAUCAUCCCAGACUCGGAAGUCGGCAUGGGCGGUCCUGAAGGCCGGGUUUACUGGCCACCCGGGAUGGAAGAGUGGCUCCGGCCUAAGAAACGGGAAGUCAAGCCUCGCGAUCCCGAAAAGGCCAAGACCACCGCCGAACGCGCUGCCCUGAGACGUGCGGAGAAGGCGGCCUGGCAAGCAGCUCAGGAGGCUGCUGCCGCCGCUGGUGGUGAUGCUGUCGGCGGUAGCGCAUCAGCUUCCGAAGGCGCAGACUCACACGCACCUGCUCCGAACGCGGCUAAGGCUAUUGAUCACGCGGCAGCAAAGAGCGUUUACGACGUUCCCAAAGGCAAGAAACCCGCCCGGGCGCCGCGAUCUCGUUCCGCCACGACGACGACAAGAGGCAAGAAAGGCGUCAAAUCUGCAUCUGUUCCGACGCCGAGCACCAGUGAUUUGAGUUCCGAACUUGACGACUCGGACCUUAGUAGUGGUGAAGGUACGGAUGGGAGGAGAACCAUGCCUGAUCUCACCGACACCGAAGAGGUCGAUGUUGAUGUGGAUCUCGCACCCUCAGCGAAGACGAAAACGAACUCCAAGCGACAAGUGCCUACACGGACAGUGAGUGGGAGAAGUGCGAAGCGAAAACCUGUGAACUAUGCAGAACUUGAAGCGGACAUGGAUGACGAGGUGUAG